AUGGGGCCGAGUGCAUCGGAAAAGGGCGCGCCUGAACCGACAAUUCUUGGCAUAAAACGAAAGAAAUUCUGGCUCAUUUUCGGACCUCUUUUGGCUGUUCUCGUCAUUGGCUUGGCCGUUGGUCUGGGUGUUGGCUUGGGUACAAGCCACAGCACUUCGACCAGCACGGCGGCAAGUUCCUCGACUGCGACAGCCACCUCGUCAACCGCGACCGCGACCGCGACCGUCUCGGCGAUAACGUGUCCGUCCAGCAACGGCAGCUACUAUGUGACCUCGGACGAUACCAAGUUCCUGGUCCUGUGCAACCUCGACUACAAUCAGGGCGGAGGCACCGAAGAUAUCUCGAAUCCCGUCACAAACACGGUGGAAGACUGCGCGACGACGUGUGCAAACAACGGGACUUGCGCCGGUGCUGGCUGGGGAGAGUACUAUGGAACUACCUAUUGCUGGAUGAAAUCGUACCUUGGAACGUCGCAAAGCGCGCCGAAUUGGUACUUUUUGAUCAAGCAAUAA